AUGGCUCGACUUCGCGAUAGCCCAGUGAAAGAUGUUGAGAAGAAAGAGUCGCCUAAAAAGAAAGCAUCGCCCGAGAAGAGCGGUAUUACGAAGAAAACACCAGUCAAGUCCCCUGCGAAAAGAGGGAGGAAGGAAUCACCCGGUUCACCUCUAACAAGCAGGACGUCCCGAUCGCAAUCAGCGACUCGCCGACCAAGUGUGAAGCUAGCAAACUCGGAGACCGAUCACAGUGUGCGUAGAAAGGUCCGGCCUGAGGUACUCAAGCACCCGUUUCGUCCUGUUCGAGCGAAUAUCUCAAGCGACGACUUGGUAGAGACCUCAGUACCAAAAGCAAAAUUACCACGCAACUACUGGAUUGCAAAUCAAGAAGAGCUCAUGCCUCCAUGGAUAGCGUGCUCGGGUUUUGUACCACCGGCCAUGGUCGAAUUCUUGAUGCGCUGUAAAAAGAGAACGGCUCUUGGAGUCAAGUGGAAGAAGGGCGACAAGAUCACGAACAUGGAGGGUGCCAUGCAUACAUUUGUGACCUCUAUCGAGCUGGCCUGGCUGCAUGGCGAGAGAGGGUACAACAAAGGACAUACCUUCACACCCUAUCCUCCAAGCGGCAAAUUCAGAACUGGUCGACAAGUCCUGAUAAGCAACAUGAUUCACCAAGACUUCGAGACGGAUGAGGUGAUGAUGAAAGUGUCUGCUUUGGCCGACACCAAGACAACUCUCACCGCGGACUUCGAUAUUCCUCAGAGCAAGGAGAAGCAGUUAGAUGAUGUUCGAGACAAGUACGACGACUGCCUCCGUCGACUUCUUGUUUACAAUCUGACUGCGGAUGGACAACUUCCAAGCAUCGAGGCAGGCAGCGCCAGUGCCAUGUCACGCUCCCAAGCCAAAACUUUUCUAGCCGACAAGAUCUUGAAAGUCUCCUGCAAUGACAUCCUGGAAAAGGUCAGAAACAAGUUCUUCUGGAUGUCGGCCAAGUCCAAAAAGAACAGCCCAUUGCUUUCGCUAGAGAUCCUGGUCACGACUGCAUACCAUCAGUUCCGUAACGAAAUGGAUGCCCUCGAGAGAAUAUGCAAACAUCAAGGUUACAUCUACACUUUCUCGGCACCGAACAUCUUCAUCGGAGAGUUUGGUAGCAAAGAUGGUCUGAUGGCGUGCAUAUAUGCUGCUGGGCUCAAGCACUAUCUCCAGACCACGAAGCUCGAAAAGAUGCGCGUUUUCCAAAUGCCCGAAGUGCCGGGAGAAUGGACGUCGAUGAUGAGAGCGGCUUUAAAGGUGGUACCAAAGGUGCGGGUGAUGACAAAACAAGAGCUGUACAGCAACGAGCACUCUUCCGAUACCUACAGCCCACCAUAUGCAGGCACUAUGCUCGUGUUGCACAAUUGCUCGGAUGGCUUUGGACAGAAUAUUCAGUACGAAGUUGGUGCCGGAAGUCUUGAUGCUAUCAUCGGACGCUUUACGAGUGCAGCAGGAAGCCUACUUAACGACCGCGAGGACCUUGUAAGCAUGGUCUGGAUGCAUUCCGAGUCAUGA